AUGCGCAUCUCUAGCCUCCUCGCCGCCGCCGCCAUCGCCCUCGCGGCUCCCGUUCCCGAGCCCCCCGGGAUCCCCAGCACCAGCACCGCCCAGAGCGAGCUUAACAGCCUCCAGGUUGCUGCCUCGGGCUCCGGCGACGGCUACUCGCGCGCCGAGUUCCCUCACUGGGUCAAGGUCGAGGGCAGCUGCACCUCUCGUGAAUAUGUCCUGAAGCGUGAUGGCCAGGACGUUGAGGCGGACUCGUCCUGCAAGAUUACUUCCGGUACCUGGGUCAGCCCCUACGAUGCGACCACCUGGACCGACAGCGCCAAGGUCGACAUUGAUCACCUGGUGCCCCUCAAGAACGCCUGGAUUUCUGGUGCCUCGAGCUGGACCAAGGCACAGCGCCAGGACUUUGCCAACGACAUCAAGCGCCCCCAGCUCUACGCCGUCAGCGAAAAGGCGAACCGCUCCAAGGGUGACCGCAGCCCCGACGGCUGGAAGCCCCCCUUGAAGAGUUUUUACUGCACCUAUGCCAAGUCCUGGGUCGCCGUCAAGAGCUACUACAAGCUGACCAUUACCUCGUCCGAGAAGUCUGCCCUGAGCGACAUGCUCGACACUUGCUAA